GCAUAGUUGCGGAAGGCACACAGGUGUCCGAAGAAUCCAAGCACGAGAGAGCGGUCGGUGCAACACGAAGUGGGAAGGUGUUGUAUGGUUAUCUGCAUCAACUGGCGGGAGGUUACACUGCUGAGCACGGUUGAAGCCAAGUGGGUGAUUGAACUAAGUGUGAGUUGCGGGAUUGUAGCUGGCUUCACCAUCGGUCGCAUGACUGGACGAGGACGUGGUAGUAAAGCAGGAGGUCGCCGCGGACGGUGGUCCAACGACGACCGUUAUUGGAUGGAGAACACCGGUAGUACGAGCGGCGGACAGACGAACCCUGCCACGUAUAAUGUGCCAGGUCCAGUCUAUCCUCCUGGUGUUAAUCAACACGACUAUGGGGCACCAUAUCAGCAGCCGAUCGCAGCGCAGGCUGCCGCUCCAGUACAACCUGCAAUGACCGCUACGCCUGUUGCGCCUGUAGAGUAUCCGAUGGUACAACAUGGUCCAUUUCCGCAACCAUGGGGCAUUCAACCAUGGCAGAUGCCAGGGCAGUGGCCAAUCAAUGGGCAGUGGGUGGCUCUGCCUCCCGUCAGUAUGCCGCCCCCUGCGAACCUUCCUCCAGUCAACCAAACGGCAUCACACCAGGCCGUACUGAGUGGGCCGACCAAUGCUCAGAACGCUGCUCGUAACGACCCGACGGCGAAUGAAUUUCCGGGUCCCGGAAACAGAACUUACUUCACGAAAGAAUACAUGGAUAUUCUUGAAGGCAUUAAGAUGAACAAGGCAGUUGAGGAGGCGAAGAAGCGGCUGUCCGGGAAUCGAAGGACCGGUAUACGCAUUGGAGAAGUUGAUCAGAAGGUGAAAGUCACUACUGAUGAUAAAGCGGAAUUGGCAAGGCUGCGAGUGGAGAAAGUCGCGCUCGAGAAAGCCGCCGCCGAGAAGGAUGCCGCGGAAAGUGAGGGGCAUGAACUGUCUAGCAGCGAGAAGCGCAAACGGAUGAGUGAACGGACGCCGUUUGGUAACUCACCUCGGAUCGAUGGAGUUAGAUCACGUGGGAGUAAGACGAAGCCACGGACGAAACGUAUUGAUAUAUCGUCCGAAGACGAAGGAGACAAGGCUGGUUCUGUAAAGCAGAAUCUCCAACCAAAGAUGGAGACAAGCAGCGAACUGGGAGAUAUAAAGUCCAUGCUGGCUGCGCUGUUGCAACAGUUGGCGGAUGCAAAAGGCAAAGCUCCCAUCAGUGAGAAUAUACCAGCAUCAGCACCAGAAGACGAAGUGCUGGAAGAGGAGGAAGAUGUGGAUAUCGUCCAGAAUGCAACUCUCAAAGACGACGAAGAAGAGAGUGAUGAGGGCCGCCUUGCGGCUUAUAUGAAGAUGAGGCAGGAAUUUUAUAGCUCCUUGCAUUACAUGCGCGUCCAAGAGCUGUGCAAGCAGAAAAAUAUCCCAUACUUCAAGAAAGAUCUGGGAGCAUAGGAACUGGCGAGGAGUGACCUCCAAGAAUACACGGACAUGUUAAAAGGGGAGAAGCCAGCGAACACUCCGGAACCUUCGUCGCGC